UAUCAGUUUUCCCAUCUCCUCUCCCCAUCACCUUUCCCAUCUCGUCUCACGCAAGCCAAGCGCCACCUCUCCGGCUCCUCGUCCUCCUGCUCAUACCCAUCACCUUCCCCGUCCCACACGAGCUAAGCGCACACAGCAAGCGCCACAGAUCCACGCCAGGAAGGAGUCCACCGGCUUCUCCGCCUCACCUCUCCGUGGCCCGAGGACAUGGAGCGGCAUGGCGCUGCGCUUGUCGCAGAGCGUCUUCGCCGCCGCGUCCGUCUUCGCCAUGGUCUCCGGCAUCGGCAUCGGCUUCUCCAACCACGGCGCCUACUUCUACAUGAAUCUGGUGUUGAUCCUCCAGCUGAUGUGGAGUCUGUUCCUUGCUUGUGAGGAUAUCUUUGCUCUAAGGAAUAAAAAGUAUCUUCACACCUGGCAUAAUCUAUUGUUCAUUGUUUGCAUUGACAUGGCCAUGGCGACUCUCAUUUUCACAGGAGCAAGUGCCUCUGCAGGCCUGACAAUUUUGAUCAUGUGGGAUAUGAAGCUCUGCGGGGCAUACCCGCGGCUGGCCUGCCGGCAGUUCGCGCUUUCGACCACCCUGGCGUUCAUCACGUGGUUGUUGCAAGCUGCGUCUGCUUUCUCUGGGUUCCGGCUACUGGCUUCGUUCUUCUAGUGAUCUCACGCACUCAUAAUCGCCGUCGCGACAUGCUAAGUCAGGAGGGUAAAUCGGUUGCAAUGUGCACGCAUCCUUCAUCACUUGUUAGAUAGAUGGAUUGUCUGUUUUAUAGUAGCUCAUCUUUAUUCUAGGAGUCGAUUAUGAACGCCCUGUGGUCGAACAGUUACUGUUUAGAUGAUGUGGGAUCAUUAAUAUGGAGAUAAGUCGUGAUCGAAGGUACCUGAAAAAUGCUCUGGUUGUUGUACAAUGGAAUUUCAUAUCUCUUCAAAUGGCUGGGACCAACCAUUUCUGGUUGCUUUGCAUCCAUAGCUAUUU